AGUUCUCCAUGUGCAGCCAAAGUAAAUAAAUAAAUAAAUAAAUAAACAAAGCUACAACUGAAACAAAAGAAGAAAGAGUAAAACUACUGGGAUGUAUUUGAUAACAGGGCGGGGUUUGCUUCUCUGCCUCUACUGGUUAGUAUUACUUUAAAUAUGCAACAUCUGCUCUUGACGUCCCAUAUGCAAGCAUUUUUAGUGAGAUCAUUCUGUGACCCAGGCGGUGCUGAGGCACCAGGUUCACAGCAGCUGUUUUGUCUGUGGAGAGCUCUCCUGUAACACACAGCCACAAUCUGCUCCAGUUGAAGAUAAGUGUUUUGUUUUUUACCUCUUUGGUGAGUAUCGGACAUGGAAGGUUUCCGAACAAUCCUGAAAUUCUUUAUGAACCGGAGAACUGCUAUUGGCUACAGCGUUAUGGCUCUGCUGACACUGGGGAGUGAACGUGCAUUUUCUCUUGUUGCUUUCAGAUGCCCCUGCAGCAAUGAAAAUUUCAAGUAUGGUUUGGUUUUUCUCUUCUCCCCAGCUUUUGUUUUGCUUGUUUUUGGAUAUUUCCUGAAUAAUAAGACCUGGAAGCUCUUCACAGGCUGCUGGGUGAACCCCAGAAAAAUAUUCCCCGAAGGGAAUGUCUGCCAUUUCUUCAUCAUCUUUGGACAGAUCACAUUAAAUGCCCUGGUAGCCCCAGUGAUGUGGCUUUCUGUGGCUUUGCUCAACGGGACUUUUUAUGAAUGUGCCAUGAGUGGCUUGAGAAAUCCUGCUUACUUAGAUGCAAUUUGCCACAACAAAUCUGUGAAGUGCUUUGAGGAGCUGCACAAGGUGUCCUGUGGCAAAAGCACCAUGCCCUUUUCAGAGAGUGAGGAACUCAAGCUAACACUGCAGGCACACUCCCAGAUUUUAGGUUGGUGUGUGAUAAUGGCUAUGGCUCUUUUCUCCCUGCUAACCAUUUGCUGCGCCAGCUGCCAGUCGAAAGUCAGCCAUCUCCAACUGAUGUUCUGGAAGGUAUAUGCUGAGAAGGAGAAGGAGCAACUGGAGCAGACCUUCCAGCUGUAUGCCACCAAGCUGAGCGAGCGAAACCUGAAAUGUUUUUUUGAGAACAGAAAACCAGAAGUUAUGCCCCUGCCAGCUUUUCAGGCAUGGGAAGAUGCUUCCCAGCUCUACACUUUCAGCAGUAGCAAGCAGCAUUAUAGUACAAUUCACAGGCUAGUUGAAGAAGGCCAGAAAGAAGUCAGUGAAGAAAGAGAGACGACAUAUGACUUCGUAGACAGAAGGGAAAUACCAUAGAUCACAUAUAUCUUCACACUUUCUGUGCUAAAACAGCAUACUUCUAGCUUCUUUUAUCUGUAUUUUUUUUUUUCCCAAGUGGCCCUUUUCUUCAAGAUCACAUUCCCUCCCAGUUUCAUACUUGCAUUUUUUUUGUUUUAUGAAAUGAAAUUAUUUCUCUACAACAGUGAAAAGACUGCAGUACUCACUAGCACUUCAGGUCCACACCAUGCUGAUAUCAUUGGCUUUGGAUCAAAUAACAACAGCAAAAAAGGAUUGACUAAUGACUUUUGAGAGGGUUAGGACAAUAUCCUAUGUAAGCGGUGCUUACCUGCCCUAUAUAAAUCAAAAGGGUAUUAUAAAGCAGUGCAAUUUGAAAUGGGUGUAUGCAAUAAUAGAAGUGUGUUGCUUUCUGACAGUCCACAGAAAGUAAAGGUUUUGCUACCAGAUCGUUUCCAGUUACAAGAGGUUUUGAGGCACAGAGACGUUUGGCUAUUUGGGGCAUCUCAGUAUCUUUGGUCUCCUGUUGCACAUAGAACACCACAGACGGUCUCCCUGAUAACUGAUUCUCCUUAACCCUGGAAUAUCUAUGGGGGACAUGGAGCAGUGAUUUCACUUAACAGUGAGAUGCCAGGUAAUUACUGGGACAAAUCUUACAGUCAAAAUUUUAGGUACCAAUAAUUUUGAAGGGCAUUUCUGAUGCUGCAUAGAACCAUCAAUGAAUACUAGGCCUGCAGCCAGCAUAUGGCAGAGGGCUUAGAAGAAAGUUCUAUGCUUUAAGAUGAGAAAGUAUUUUUGCAGAGGACUGAUUUUUAUAUUUUUUGACAUCAUAGGAAAUAUAGAAUGUGUCUAGAACCAGAGAUGCGAGCAGGCCAGGUAGGUGGGGCACAGUCCCUGCUGUGGAUAAGGCCUCUCACUCCACAGACUUUUGCUUCACCUCACGUACGUGUAAUGUACAAUGUGGUUCUCAUAUAGGAUGUUUGAGCCUUUGCAGAUGCUAUACAAAGGAGGCAUCACUUUUCUGCCAAGUUCCUCUCCCUGGAACUGAGUGGGUUUUAUGCAGAAUUUUACUGCCAAUCUCCCUGAGUCUGCAAAGAAUCGUAGUUUUGCACAGCUCUAAUCAGGCUCUUAUCAACAAAAAAAUAUACACCACCCAGCUCUUCACAUACACUGUGCUUCUUAAGAAGAAAACAAAAAUCUAUCUGCAUUUACAGACCAUUACUUUUUUAAUGUAGAUAAUUCCACUAUAUACUUAGAUUUUUUUUUCUGCAUAUUUAGAAGAUCUUGUGGUCUUUGAGAAUAAGUUUUACUGUUUUUUUUUUUCAUCCCAGCUGCCACACUUUGCAGCAGACUUAGGCCAUGUUACUCACCUCAAUGUAUGUGCUACAGCUAAAAGCCUAGAGGCAAGCCUGUCAAAAUGAAAGUCACAAUAAGCAGGCAUGUCUGGCAAGAGUAAGACAAACCUGCAGCUUGUCACAGAACCACAGCCUUUCACUUCAGUAAAUUCAUGGCAGGAAACAACAAGAGCAUGAAUGAAGCUCUGAGUAUGUAAUGGAAUGUGUGAUUACAACAGACAGGAAGGAUGCUGUUUGUACAAGCCCGUAUCAUAGGUCUUCUGAUCUCAGAAAACUGUUCACAAACUAAGCUUUAUUUGUGUAAUGUCAGGGGGGUUGGAACUAGAUGAUCUUUAAGAUCCCCUCUAACGUAAGCUAUUCUAUGAUUCUAUGCUUCCCUUUGAUUUGUUCUCUUUACUUAUUUUCUUCUGACAUUCAUACAAUCAGUCUCCUACUGAUCCUGUAGGAUUUUGUAUCCUGCAGAAGAUGAAGAUCUUUAUCAUACACAGUUUAAAAGGAGAGACAAAACUUCUUUCAGUCCUUCCAAAAGAAUCAAAUGCAGGCUUCUACUUCAUGCCUACUGAAUGAAAAAUCAUUUCUACUGUUCUGUUAAAUUUCACUUCCCAAAGCUGUCUGUUCACCUCACCAACACCACAGAAACCUAGAGCAAGCAAGAAUGAAACAGGGAGUGCACUAAAUAGAUUAAUGAACUGAUAUGUGAAUAUAAGGAACAAGUUGGGUUGACAUAACAAUGAGUUCUCUACUGUUCAGUAAGAUCUGGGACACAAAAGUUAAAGCAUGUGCGGAUGAGGAGGGAAAGGUGGGAGGACCAAGUGGUCCCACCACCAGU